AUGUCUGGAUUGUCUCUCCGAAACCCAGAGAGGCGAAUCGAGGUCAAUCCAUUUGACGUCGAUGCUUGGAAUCUUCUCCUUCGAGAACAUCAGUCACGACCGAUUGAGCAAGAACGUGAUUUUUAUGAGAGUUUGGUGAAACAAUUUCCGAAUUCGGGCCGUUACUGGAAAGCGUAUAUCGAGCAUGAGCUUCGCUCGAAGAAUUUGGAAAACGUGGAAAAGAUAUUUAGUAGGUGUUUAGUCAAUGUCCUUAAUAUCGAUCUCUGGAAGUGUUAUGUGCACUAUAUUUACGAAACGAAAGGACAAUUGUCGACUUUUCGUGAGAAAAUGGCCCAGGCUUACGAUUUUGCAUUGGAAAAAGUCGGAAUGGAUAUUCAAUCUUAUCAAAUCUACGCUGAUUACAUUGCAUUCUUGAAGAAAGUCCCGGCAGUUGGUCAAUAUGCUGAAAAUCAACGAAUCACUGCUGUUCGACGAAUUUAUCAGAAAGCGUUGUCAACGCCGAUUCUUCAGUUAGACUCGUUGUGGAAUGAUUAUUGUGCCUAUGAGAAAUCGAUUAAUAUGACACUUGCCGAAAAGUUGAUUGGAGAAAGAAAUAAGGAAUAUCAGAAUGCGCGUAAAGUGGAACGCGAAAUGGAGAGUAUUACUCGUGGAUUGAAUCGACAAGCUGUUUCAGUGCCUCCGAAGGGUACAGCGACCGAGCUGAAACAGGUCGAAAUGUGGAAGAAAUAUAUUGCGUGGGAGAAAACGAAUCCAUUGGGAACUGAAGAAUAUGGACAAUUUGCUAAGCGAGUGAUUUAUGCAUAUGAGCAAGCACUUCUUUGCCUUGGAUAUUAUCCAGAUAUUUGGUACGAAACUGCGCUUUUCUUGCAAGAAGCCAGCAGAACUCUCGAGGAAAAAGGAGACGUUAAACUAUCGCAGACCUUCAAGCAAGAAGCAAUCCAACUUUACGAACGAGGAAUUACUGGCUUGAUGAAGGAAUCGUUGCUUUUAUAUUUCGCCUAUGCCGACUUUGAAGAAGAGCGAAUGAAGUUUGAUAAUGUCAAAAAAAUUUACGACCGGCUUCUUACCAUUGAGCACAUGAAUCCUACCCUGACUUACAUUCAAUUGAUGCGAUUUAUUAGAAGAACGGAAGGUGCGAAAAACGCGAGACUCGUUUUUAAACGAGCUCGCGAGGAUUCGAGAAGUGGCCACCAGGUGUAUAUUGCAUCGGCUUUGAUGGAAUAUUACUGCCAUAAGGACAAAAAUGUGGCGAUGCGAGUUUUCGAACAUGGCUUGAAAAAGUAUGGAAAUGAGCCGGAUUAUGCUCUCGCCUAUGUCAAAUUUUUAUCGCAUCUCAAUGAGGAUAAUAAUACUCGAGUGGUAUUUGAGAGAAUUCUCACUGGCAAUUUGGCUGCGGAAAAUUCUGCGGCAUUGUGGGAUAAAUACUUGGAUUUUGAGACAACUGUUGGCGAUUUGGCGAGUGUGUUAAAAGUUGAGAAGCGGAGACAUGCGGCAUACGCGAAUUUCGAUGAAUCGGUUAGCAGCUCGCUUUUGGUUAUUGAUCGAUACCGAUUCAUGGAUUUGAUGCCGUGUAGUCGCGAGCAACUUCGACUUAUUGGAUACAAGUCAUCGAAACAAGAUUUGGUGCGAAACAAUGGAUCGUCGGCAUCGAAUUCGAAGCAAAUAUCGCACAGAGGACCUCAAGCAGCUAGUUCAAUCAUGGGAGGCAGUGGAGGAGGAGCAGCGCAUUCGGAAAUUGUUCGAUAUGGAUAUCCGAUUCCUGACAUAUCACAGAUGAUUCCGUUUAAGCCAAGGGUCAAUUGCAAUGCUUCAUAUCAUCCUGUUCCAGGAGGCGUUUUCCCACCUCCACCUGCGGCCGCGCAUUUACUUCAAAUGAUGCCUCCACCGCAAUGUUUCAUUGGACCAUUUGUCAAUGUUGAUAUGCUGAUGGCCUCACUCAGUCAUGUGCAAUUACCGAAUAUAACAUUGUCGAUUGAUAAAUUGGAACGAGGAACGACGAUUGGGCCAAUGCUUGUUGAAGAUAUUAAAAAGGAUAUGUAUCAACUUCUGGCAACAACUACAGAUCCAGCUGCGAUUGUACGUUCUUCGGAUCUUACUGCUCUUAAGCGAAAGCGUGGUGAUUCUGACGAUGAAGAUGAGAAUGGAACACACGGAAACUCAUCUGGUUCUCGAGACGCGUAUAAGCGUCGAAUGAACAAAAAGACUGGAGAAUGA